AUUAAGACCUAGUGGAGUUUUUUAUUUGAAUCAAUAUGAUAAAGGUUAAAGAUAUAUUUUGAAAAAGUUUAUCAUGGGAUUAAUUAUCACCCAUACUAGAUAUUUAGCUAAUAUUGUUUUAUGCACUUUAAUUCUUAUAGGAAUAGCUUAUGUCUUAUCAGGGAAAGGUUUUCGCUUUGAUAUUGAAGGGUUUUUAGUUGACACAUCGCCAUACAUGUGGGCGUGUAUUGGCAUAGGAUUAUCAAUAUCAUUGUCAGUUGUUGGUGCAGCUUGGGGUAUAUUUACCACUGGUGCCAGUAUAUUGGGAGCUGGCGUUAAAGAACCUCGUAUAAGAACCAAGAAUUUAAUUAGUAUUAUUUUUUGUGAGGCUGUGGCUAUUUAUGGAAUUAUAUUGGCAAUAGUAAUUGGCAAUCAAAUUGAGAAAUUUGAUAGAUAUGCACCCUCAGUUACACCUGAAAUUUUGGCCUCAAAUUUGUUUUCAGGUUACGCCAUGUUUGGAGCCGGCCUAACCACAGGUUUCUGCAAUCUUUUUUGCGGACUUUGCGUGGGUAUAGUUGGGUCCGGGGCUGCUUUGGCCGACGCUCAAAACCCCACACUUUUCGUUAAAAUUUUAGUCAUAGAAAUUUUUGCCAGCGCUUUAGGUUUGUUCGGUAUUAUUGUGGCCAUAUUGCAGAUAUCUAAGGUGAAGAUGGGCAACAAAGUGUGAAAGAUCAAUAUUUGCAUACAUUCCUGUCCUCAUUCUUGACGACAAUUUUUUAAUUAUACAUAAUCAUUUACGUUUUUAUAAUUAUACCAAAAGUUUUUAUGAGGUUUAUAUAUGAAUCCGAGUCGAUAUUUAAAAUUCUCCCAAUCAGACCAUAUUUUGUUAUUGUUAUAAAUUGAUCAUUUUUCUUUUAUAUUUUGAACAAUAAUUUACUUAUAAUAUAACUUUGUUGUUAUUUAUUAAUAGAUUUUGCAAUCUAUAAUUUAAUAACUUAAUUUAUCAAGAUAUUUU